AGUAACAUAAAUAUCAAAUAUGGCAGAAAGUUCUAAUUCUGACGAACUUGUAAUCGGAGUUCUUUCGUUACAAGAUUUUAAACUUUGGAAUACGGUUGCUCUAACAGCAUUUUUGUCUCUACGAAAGAAAUCAAUUAAUGGAUCGUUUGACACAUUGGCUGCACGUGCAUUUGCUGCAUAUGAAGAAGGAGCUGAAGUUGACCCUGAAAAGGAGCACAUAGAAAAAAGUAUUUUGCACGAGUAUAAGCAAAAACUUCAAAUUGAGAACGAGGUUUUGCCAGAUCCCAUUGAUUUAAAAACUGGUUGGUUUAAUGAAAAAGAUGGAGUUGAGCUCUGGCCUCAUUUAUAUUUUAGUGAUAUUUCAAGGUUUUAUGCAAAAAGUUCUUGGGAAAAAAUCUGA